AUGCACCCCGUCAUCCCGCGGUCCAGUAGCGGCGGCCAUGCGAUGAUCACCCAUCACGGUCAAUCCCAACCAUCACCGUUCAAUCAAUCCAUUCUUCAUCUGUCUCUCGCGCCUCCAUUUGCCCAGUCCCUCUCUACUGCCCAUGCCAUUCCAUUUGCAUCUGCCGCCCGCGCGCGUCGCUUCACGGCAGCAGCCGCUAACACAGCCCUGACGCAGCAGCUAUCCCAGCCUCCUCCCAGUGGCCACCAAUGGAUUAAGACAUCGGCCAGCAUCUACGACAGCCUCAUCCUAAGGCGCCCCCUCCCCAUCGUCGUCGGCGCCAUCCUCAAUGCCCUGGUCUAUGUCGCAUUCUCCCUCUGCGGCUUUGUAAACUCCGAGGCCUCGCUGCUUCACCCGCCGUCACACGCCUGGAUAUCCAUCGACCCCGCCCGGGGUGCUGUUUCUGGACAAUCCGAUGUCGAGUUCCGUCAAGCUUGGGUCUGCGGUCGCUGGAUGCAAGCCCUCGACAAGGACACGCUCGUCGAUGCUGUUGACGCCCAGAACUACCUCGUUUCCGAUUACGGCGCACACCCCGCCAGCCAUGACCAGUCGCCAUCUACCAGGGUCGUCAACCAUGAUGCCGACUCGUCCACCGUGUUUGUCCACUCAAUUCUAGACAACUGGGACUGCUCUGCCCAGGCCAUUGUUUCGGACACCGACAUUCUCGGCAACCUGUCCCGGGCGUUGCAUCGCAAGUCGUCGGCCAAUAUCACCCUCCGCCCCGCCUCCGUCUUCAAAAAGUUUGGCCUGACCAAGAGCCACAAGCCCGCCGCCGACACCAUCGUCAUUACCAUGCUCACCAGGGAUGGGUCGACUGCCGGAGCUCACUGGGAUGAAGGUUCAGUCUCUUUGAGGGAUACCAGGCCUCAGUGGAACAUUCUCAGAGACUCGCAACCCUCCGCCCUCGCCAAGGUCCACUACCUGUUCACGACGAGCCAGGAUCAACUCAUCAUUCUUUCUCUCUACACCCUGGGAUUCCUCUAUGCCGGCCUUGUUAUGGCAAGGCGAGCAAUUCUUCGAAGCGGGCUGUGGCUCUUAGGCUCCAUUGCUCUUGAGGUCAAGAAGAAUUAUAGGUACGCGGAUCAGGCGAAGCUGCUCUCUCUUGCCUUGUUGGACAUGGGUAUCGCCCCUCUCGUACGAACCCUGCAGGCCAUAGCAAUACUCAUGAUCUUGCUAUGGAUCUCUCCUGCUGCCGGACUAUCGAACUUUUGCCGAUUUGCGAUGCUCUCCCUCGCCCUCGACCUCUUUAUAUUCUACACCUUUUUCAUCGCCGCUUUCGUCACGAACCUCCGAGUACCAGAGUUGGAUGAUACGAAGAGCGAGCAACAAGAGACGAGCCAACCCCCGAAGCCAACAUGGAACAUGAAGCAACAUUGGAGCACAAAUCACAUUUUGAUGACGGCGGGUCUCAUCUACUUCAUGGCCUGCCACUUCUACGACAUCCGAUCGUGGUUGACCUUCCUCGCCAAUAUAAACAUCUCCUCUCGAAUUCCAAUCAAUUCUCUCAACUGGCACUCUCACGCAUCCAGCUACGACCUCUCACCAAGUGGCUCAUUGCUGGGUUGGUUGCGUGCCCAGGAGCCCGACACCUUGCGCGAGCUUCUACAAAGUGUCACGACACAGUCCUCCAGCUUCAUUGUCAAAUCAUACGCCCCUCUUCAUGUCUUCACUCAGCCCGAUGCAAGGAAUGCAACGUUGGCCGUGACUGACGACUCGACAUCAUCAACACCAAUCUCGGCCAUGCUCCCAUUGGCUCCAUUCUUAUUGACCUUGAUUGGAUUUCAUACCACAUAUUACAGCUCGACAGAGACAGUCGAAGAUGAGAAGGAUGAGCAAACUGCUGGACGGGAGACAUCCAAUUCACUAGCCCGCCGCCUUGAUCAACGGCAUACUCUCGACAUUUACCUCCUCACUGCGUGCGCUGGCCGAUUCAUGGUGUCUGUGGGGUUCGAUCACCAAAUCUGGCUUUGGAAUCUGGAAGGGGCAACACCGACCAGCGAACAGAUAGCUUCCACUGAUGAGCAUGAGAUAUCAUGGCCCAUAUCCUUGGUAGCCAUUGACGACCAUGCCGAAUGGGUAGCAAUCUGUUCUCGAAAGGGCCAGGUGCUGCUAUGGAACCGUCGACACCAAAAGUUUGAGCAAGAACUGUCUGUGAGCUCAAACGAGAAAGUAAUAAAAUGCUUUUUUCUCAAGGCAGACACCAGCGCCCAAAGGCUUGGGCCCCACCGAGCAGAGACGCUCUCUAGCCUUCUACUCGUUCUAGAUAGCGGGCGUAUGAUGGACGUUGAUCUCAACGGGAAGGGGUGCAACACGGUGCAGAUAUGCGAAAAGCCGAUAAAGUCGACUCAUCUCGUAUCUAUCAACCGAUACGCUGCCCCCAAGCUCAUCACCGUCACUGCAGACGAGACCAUAUACAUGUCGGCGAAUCGAGAACGGAGGUGGAUGACUGUGCCUUUGCAAGUCGCCCCCCUGGAUAAUCUGAAGGCUACGCAAAUCCAGCCACUUCAGUUCUCCAUGAUUCCCACAUUAAGAGGUGUAGCCUCUGUUUACAAUGAGGGCAGCAGUGAGCUGCUCUUGUUGGAUAUUUUAUCAGGUGUGUAUCUCUUUUAUCCCUCUGUUGUCAUCCCAUCACUACGAGCAAUCCACACCACUCCCCAGCAAUGUGUAUACUGCGGUUCCAUCGCCGUUGCUUCAUUCACCAUUGCCUACACUGAGAAGACAUGUGGUGGGAGAUUUACGAUGAAGACAGUCGCCAUACCACAGACGUUUGGGCCAGACUACUACCGAAGCCGCCUGAUCUGUCUACGUUCAGAGCGUGACGUCCGAGAACGCCGCUGCAUGGGAUUCUCAAGUGGCGAGGAAUCGACCUACUCCAUGGCCGAGCCUGGCUCAUGGGAGGCCAGCGGGGCGAACGGGGUGGCAGGCGUGCGGCGGGUCAUGACCUCGUCGAUUGUCAAGACACAACGACACACCCAGUCGACAGGGCUGUGGCGACGCGACGUGAAAUGUCGCAGCAGCCAAGGCGGAGGAGGGGGCGGGACCAAGCAAUACCGAUGGGAAGCCUGGACCAUGACGGCGCAAGGAGAGAUCAAUACUCAUGAACUGACAACGGGCCUGCUGGCUGUCUCGCCCGGGCCCGUAUGUCGGGUGGGACAAAAUGGAAUUGGUGUUGGGCUGGCGGAUAGAAUUGUUUUGUUGCAGUUUGGGAAACAGCUGCGGGACGACGACGGUGCAGACGGAGCGACGGACGCACCGACACACGGGAAACUUGCCAAGCGAAGAAGCAGGUCAGGGAUUAUACCAAGAUAA